AUGCCCCGAGAAAACCAGAAACGAGGCCGCCGAGCGGCCGACAAGGCCAAGAAGGAGGAGACCAAACGGAAGCGCGACGAAGCCCCCGAAGAGCCUGCGACCAAGCGAGUAAAACCUUCAGCGGACAACAGUCACCCAAUCGCCGCCGGAGAAGACUACGUCCCUCUAGACGAUGGCCAGCAGGAGCAGGAUCAGGCGCCGCGUGAUGACAUGCCAUUCUACGGUCUCCUUGAUCCCGAAGAGCAGGAGUAUUUCAGCCGGGCGAACGAGAUGCUUGAGCUGAACCAGUUUCAAGACGCAGAGGAGCGGCGGCUAUUCGUGGAUAGCGUAUUUAGGGAGGCUAGAGGGAAGGAAUUGAAGAUUGCCUGCAGUCAAUCGUGCUCACGGCUUAUGGAGAAGCUGAUCUCAGUGUCAGACAUCUAUCAGAUUCGGAGGCUAUUCAACAAGUUCAUUGGCCAUUUCCUGACGCUUGUACAACACCGAUUUGCGAGCCAUUGCUGUGAGAGGUUGUUUAUCAAUGCGGCUCCUGGCGUGACGCAGAAAAUCUCAAAGUCGGCGGGGAGAACGGAAAAUGGCAACGAGGAGGAAGACACGGAAGCCGAGCCGGAAUUGUCGCUAGCAGAGAUGUUCAUGACGGUCGUUGAGGAGCUACAGGGGAAUUGGGGAUACUUGCUGACUGAACGGUUUGCCUCGCAUACUAUCAGAGUGCUACUUUUCGUGCUCGCCGGGGAACCUGUCGAUGUGUCGUCAAAUGAUUCAGUCGUGGCCAGUCGCAAGAAGGAAAGGUUGGGCAUUGUCGGUGGAGAGACUCAGGAAGUCGCGCCCGUUGGGGAAAAGAGAAGUGUUCCGGAAUCAUUUGAGACAUCACUGAAGAAGGUCAUGCAGGACAUGGUCUCCGUACUCGACGACACAUAUUUACGGGCGCUUGCGACGCAUCCUGUUGGAAACCCGGUUCUGCAGGUGCUUGUUCGGCUAGAGCUCUCGCAUUUUGGAAAGUCAAGCGCCAAACAAUCCAAUGCUAUCAUCAAGCGACUGAUUCCAGACGAGAACUUUGAAGAGGAUUCGGAGAGCGUGAAGUUUAUUCGCGGUCUCCUUUACGACCCUGUUGGUUCACGUCUGCUUGAGACGAUGGUUCGCUGGAUGCCGGGGAAGAUGUUCAAAGCGCUCUACAAAAAUUACCUUCGCGAGCAAAUGAGCUCGCUUUCGCGCAAUCAAACUGCCGGCUAUGUCGUACUGCGAGUGUUGGAAAGACUAGGCAAAGAUGAUUUACAGGCUGUUGUGGAGCAGAUCGUGCCCAAGAUUCCGGGUCUUAUUGAACGAUCGCGAACGAUCGUGCCGAAAGUGCUUAUCGAGAGGUGUAUUGUCCGAGGAGUGGACACCAAACCACUUGCAAAAGCGCUCGAGACCUCUUACGGUUCCGAUCCAACUCAAAGACUCGAGCAAAUUCUCCGACUCCAGGAUGCGGCAGCCGAUAGCGGAAAGGAUUGGGAAAAGCCCAAACCCGAUUUUACUGAAGAAACCAACCCCGCGACCGCCGCAGCAGAGAAGCUACAUGGCUCGUUGCUCGCGCAGACGAUGCUCACAGCUCCUGGGCCGUUAGGCGACCUGAUUUUCACCAGCCUUCUCGCACUAUCUCCGGAGGUUCUUCUCCGCAUCUGCAAGGAUCCAACGUCGUCUCACGUUGUCCAACGAGCCCUAACAUCGUCCGCCUCCACGCCACAGUUCCGCCGACAAUUCACUGGCCGUUUCAUGGGCCAUAUAAGUGAGCUUGCUCUUGACACCAGUGGGUCUCAUGUUGUGGAUGCGUUGUGGACGGCGACCAAGGAUAUCUUCUUCGUCAAGGAGAGAAUGGCGCAAGAGUUGGCACAAAACGAGCUAGCACUCCGAGAUUCAUUUGUUGGGCGUGCUGUAUGGAGGAACUGGGCAAUGGAUUUGUAUAAGCGGCGACGAGGCGAGUGGGCAGCCAAGGCAAAAGGGAGGGAUAUCAGCAACGACUCUGGAGAGAAGCCCAAGUCGCGCCUCGAGAUGGCUCGCGCCAGAUUCGCUGCCAAGCAGGCUGAGAAUCAGGGCAACGCCGUAGCUGCGAAACAAUAA